UAUUGUAAAGCAAAAAAAGAAAAGUUGGAAAAUUUAAAAGAAUUAUGCAAAAACUGUGCAAGCAGUGGUUCAUCAUGUGAGCGUGAUGACAUUGAGGGUACACAAUGUGAAGCUUGUAAAAAAACGUGUCGGGAAUAUAAAAAUUUUGUUCAACUGUGGCAAGAACAGUUUGAAACACAAUCGAAAAUAUACAACGAAUUGUAUGAAAAAGAAAAUAAAAAUAGUGGUAGUUUUAACAAUGUUUUGGCCACAUAUGGAAGUAAACGUAACCCUAUAACUCUUCAAGACUAUGAUAAUAAACGUACAUAUAAUUUUUUAAAAAAAGUGAAAAACAAAUGCGCUGACGACGCAAAAACGGCCGAACAGUAUCUUGACAAAACAACUAAAUGCAUACCAUACAAAUUUACCAAUAAUAAUAAUAAUGAUGAUGAUACCUAUGCAUUCAAAGAAAAACCUCCAAAUAAGUACGAACAAGCUUGCGAUUGUAAAGCACCUGAUCCAUUGGAACAAUGUCCUAAAGAUAAGGAUGUAUAUGACAAGGCGUGUAAAAAUGUUUCUGCAAAGAAUAUUCUGUGUCACAGAAAAACGUUUAAGGAUGAUCUGGAUAAUUGGAAUAGUUACUUAGUACGUGAAUGGUCCGGAAAAAAUAAAGGAGUGUUAAUGCCUCCAAGAAGGAGACAUUUAUGCACAAGUGUCAUAUCAUUAGGCAUCGAUAGAAAAAUGGAAUACAAUAAUUUUAUGAACAAAUUUCUUUCAGCUGCAUAUACAGAAGGACUAUUAUUAGCAAAAAAAUAUCCUGGUGCCAAUAACGAAGGAUUACAAGCAAUGAAAUAUAGUUUUUAUGAUUAUGGAGAUAUAAUUAAAGGUACAGAUAUGAUGGAUACAACAAUUACUACAGAUAUAAAAACAACAUUAGAAAAUAUACUUAUAAAUAAACAAAAUAAUUUACAUUCCAGUAGUACAUCCAACGAACCUAAAAAUGUUAAUGAUUGGUGGGAACAUAAUAAAAAAAAAGUGUGGCACGCAAUGUUAUGCGGGUAUCAAAAAGAAAACAAAAGUAAAACCUUGGACAAUGCAUGGUGUAUCUUACCUACUGAAGAUAACACAGAUCAAUUUUUGAGAUGGUUAAUUGAAUGGAGUGAACAAGCAUGUAAAGAACAAAAAAUUCGAAAAAACUAUAUUGAUAGAAAACGUAAUUCUUUGAUUUCUGAUAGUACACAAAAAUUUGGAUUGGAAUUACUGAAAGAUCAUUCUUGUAAUAAGGAACUUACAACUUAUAUAGGAUGGAUUGAAAUGGUAAAGAAAUCAUUGGAAGGAUUUAAUAUAAAAUUUCAAAAGAUUAAAGAUACAUCUAAUAGCUCAUCCAUUUCUGAAAAUUCUGCAGAGGAAUACAUAAAAAGCAAAAUUCACGAUAAUCACUGCAAUUUCAUUGAUAUAAAAAAUACAUACGAUCAAAUUACUAAUUCAAAGGAUAACGAUUUUCAAGAAAUAUUGGGGAAAUUAUUUCCUAAUUUAAAAUUUGAGGAAGACACAUCAAAAAGAAAUGAGGACACAAAACCAUCAAAUUCACAACAAGAAGAAGAUCCAACAUCUCAUCCUCUUUCUCCUAUUCAACCCGAUAACAGUCCUAUUCCUUCACAUCCAAUAUCACCCCAAUCAAAAGAUGAUCCAAUAUUACCCAUGAGCAAUAUAUUAUCAUCUGCUCUCCCUCUUGGAAUAAGUUUUGUAUUAGGUUCCAUCGCUCUAUUAUUUUACAUGAAGAAAAAACCCAAAACACCUGUGGAUAUUUUUCGUGUUCUUGAUAUACCACAAAACGAUUAUGGAAUGCCUGAUGAAACAUCUACUAAUAGAUAUGUACCAUAUGGUAAAUAUAAAGGAAGAACAUAUAUUUACGUGGAAAAUGAUACAGAUGAUGACAAAUAUAUGUUUACAUCUGAUACGACUGACGUAACUUCAUCAGAAAGUGAGUUUGAAGAGAUUGAUAUUAAUGAUAUAUAUAAACCAUUUGGUCCAAAAUAUAAAACUUUGAUAGAAGUAGUACUAAAACCUAGUACAAAUAAUAACGUACAAGAUACUUAUACAGAUGAUGUGAAAGAUAAUAGUGAUAAACCCAUCAAUAAAUUGACUGAUGAAGAAUGGAAUGAAUUAAAACAAGAUUUUAUCUCACAAUAUUUACAAAAUAUACCAAAGGAUUUACCUAAUGAAAAUAUCAUUGAUGAUAAUAUGUAUAAGGAUACACAACCUAACAUUUUAGAUGUUAGUAAUGAGGAAAAACCUUUUAUUACAUCUAUUCAAGAUAGAAAAUUAUAUAGUGAUGAUAACGAAAUUAUAUAUAAUAUUGAUUGGAAUGUACCAAAACAUACUACGGAUAUUCCGAAAUACAAUAGUUUAUAUAGUGGUACAGAUCUAAUCAAUGAUGCUUUAAAUAGUGGUAAUGAUAUUUAUGAUGAGUUACUCAAAAGAAAAGAAAAUGAACUAUUUGGAACAAAACAUCCAAAAAAUUCAUCAACAAAUAGUGUUGUUAAACAAAUAGGUGGUGAUCCUAUAAAUAAUCAAAUAGAUUUGUUCCAUAAAUGGUUAGAUAGACAUAGAAAUAUAUGCAACAAAUGGAAUAAUAAAGAAGAAAUGUUGAACCAAUUGAAUGAAGAAUGGAAAAAUGAAAAUAACGAACAUAUAUUGGACACAUCAUCAACUCAUGAUGAUAUUAAUAAAAAUAAUGAUGAAAAUUAUAAUAUGAUUAGUACAAACACACAAAUAAAUCAUGAAGGUAAUGAUAUAACAUCUCUUGAAGAUUUUGGAUCAACAAAUAUUCCAUAUAGUGAUCUUAUAACGCAAAAUAAUGAUUCUCAAAGAAAACAUUUACGCACAAAUAUAUCUAUGGAUAUACAUUUUGAUGAAAAUAAUAAUAAUAAUAAUGUGUUGAUCACUGAUGUAACGCAUGAAGAGGAUCAUUUGGAAAAUAUGUACAAUUUUUGA